AUGGAAGAGCAGCUUGUUGAUUUGUACACAGUUGCAUGGAAAUCUUCUAGGAGUGCCGCUCUCGAAUCUAAAUGCCUGAAUGCCUUGUCUCGGCUCAGGUGUUUUCCAAUCACUUUCGAUGUUCUUGCUUCCAUUCCGUCUGUCGAUGUUUUCAGGGGUUUCAAAGCUCUCACGAAGCAUCCUAAUGUGAAAAUCGUGGAUCUGUCUGCUCGUGUUAUUGCAGCUUGGUGUAAGAAACUUCUGAAGCAACUUCAUAGAUACGAAGAUUAUGUUUCGUCGAUUCAAAAGCAGCCAUGCACGCGUACAACAGCACCUUCAAAGGAUCAAACUUCACAAGUUGUGGCCACGGUGUCUAAGGAAGCCAAAAUUGAUAUCAACGCAAAUCCAAGGACUGUCAAGGCUCUUAAAGUUCAGAACAAGAGUUUCAAGAAGGUUUCACGUACUCAAACGCCAAAGAUACUGACCCCUCACCCACACUCCAAAGCGGCUUCUAUACCUAAGAGCAGCAACUCGUUGAGGGACAGUAUCCGGGAACAAAUUUCUCAAGCUCUUUCCAUGGUGUUUAACGAAGCUAAGCAUGAUACGCUGAAGACGUGCGAUCCAAUUCAGAUUGCGGCUUCUCUUGAGUCUGCACUUUUUGUCAAAUGGGGAGUUUCUAAUACUAGAAGUCGCACCAAGUAUCGUUCCCUCUUGUUUAACAUUAAAGAUCCCAAGAACCCUGAUUUUCGGAGGAAGAUACUUGUUGGAGAAAUCAAGGCAGAGGAAGUAGCAGAGAUGGAUGCAGGACAGAUGGCGAGCGAUGAGAUGCAGCGUAAGAAUCAAGGGAUCCAAGCAAAAUCUUUAUGGAAAUGCAUUGUCGGACGCGAGCAGGAAGGCACAACGGAUCAGUUUAAAUGCGGGAAAUGCGGAGAAAAAAGGACCACCUACUAUCAAAUGCAAACCAGGAGCGCUGAUGAGCCUAUGACAACUUAUGUUACCUGCACAAUUUGCGAUAAUCACUGGAAGUUUUGUUAG